AUGCAACAACAAUUGAAAAUCGAAGAGACUGGAUUUGCUCCAAGCUUCAGUUGUUACUCUUCUGAUAGUAUAACAUCUAGAGCGGUCGCAAAAGCGAUCCACCAAGAAGAGGUAGAUCGGUUCGAUGAUUUUGAGUUCGCCUUAGUGUUAAGCGACGAAGAAGGUUCAUUGAAAGAGACCGGUUCACCUUGUAGAACUAAAUGCAAGAAUAGUAAUAGUUUUACCGCGUCUGGAUCCAAAAGGUGGAUAUUCCGGUAUUUGUUUGGUCCAAAGAAGGUGGAUAGUCCGAAACAAAAACGGAAUUCUGGUGAGCUUUCGAAAGGAGGGUUGUCGACGGCUCAUGAGCAAUUUUACGUGCAAAAGAGAGCCGAAAAUGAAGUCGGAAAGAGGAGAUCGUACCUACCUUAUAGAAAGGAUCUUGUAGGAUUAUUUGCUAAUGUCAAAGGAAUGGGGAAAGUGUUACCGUUCUAA